AUGGCUGAAGAGCCAAGAAGACUGAUUCAAAAUAAUCUAUUUCAUGGUCUACCCAAUGAAGACCCUUAUUUGGCCACCUAUAUAGAGAUAUGCAAUACUAUCAGGCUGGCGGGUGUGCCUGCGGAGGCAAUCAAGUUGAGUCUAUUCUUAUUUUCUUUAGCUAGAGAAGCUAAAAGAUGGCUUCAUUCUAUUAAAGGAAACAGUCUAAAGUCAUGGGAUGAAGUGGUAGAAAAGUUCUUAAAGAAGUAUUUCCCUGAAUCGAAGACUGCAGAAGGCAAAGCUGCUAUCUCUUCCUUCCACCAGUUUCCAGAUGAAUCGUUGUGUGAGGCACUUGAAAGAUUCAGAGGUUUAUUGCGGAAGACUCCCACUCACGGUUUUUCAGAACCAAUAGAGCUCAACAUAUUCAUAGAUGGGCUGAGACCACAAUCUAAGCAGCUCUUGGAUGCUUCAGCUGGGGGAUGUACAAUUUGUGGUGGAGCUCAUGCAUCUGGAUGUUGUAUCCCUCAUGAAGAGCAAAUUGCACAUGAAGUUAAUUAUAUGGGGAAUCAGCCCAGAGGCAACUUCAAUACAAGUGGAUUUCCAGGAUUUCAGAACAACCAGUAG